GUUUAUCACUUAAUUAGGUUAGUUAGGGCAAUUAGAAAAGGAAAUACGUGCUCAAAUAUGUGUGUGUGUGUAUAUUCAAAUUCUUUAAACCAGUUUGCUUCUCCUCGGCACUUCUUUCCUCUAACAGUUGUUCUCAUGCGCAGGGAUGUCAUUUCUAGCAUUCCGUCAGAGACUAUCAUGCAAAAUUCCUGCAGGGCUUUCUCUUCUGGAGAUGGGGAUCUGGUUGAUGCCGUUGUCCCUUUUAUGGGAGAAUCAAUUAGUGAUGGCACUUUGGCAACAUUCUUGAAAAAACCUGGUGAUUCAGUAGCAGCUGAUGAACCAAUUGCUCAAAUAGAAACUGAUAAGGUAACAAUUGAUGUGGUCAGCCCCCAAGCUGGUGUGCUACAAGAGUACGUGGCAAAAGAAGGAGAUACUGUGGAACCAGGUACCAAGAUUGCUAUCAUUUCAAAGUCUGCCGAAGGUGUAGCACCUGCUGCUCCUGCUGAAAAGAAAUCAGAAAAACCUGCUUCCAAGCAAUCUCCUCCAGCUGAAACUGUAAAGGAGGAGAAGCCAAAAGCUAAGGCUGAAGCUUCUCCUGCUGUGGUGAUGCCUAAACCCCCUUCUACACCACCUCCAAAACGAACUGCUACCGAACCUGUACUUCCACCCAAGGAAUGGGAAAGAAGAGUUCCUAUGACAAGGCUUAGGAAACGGGUUGCUACACGAUUGAAAGAUUCCCAGAAUACUUUUGCCAUGUUAACGACGUUCAAUGAAGUCGACAUGACUAACUUGAUGAAGCUCCGAUCUGAUUACGAGGAUGCGUUUGUUGAGAAACACGGUGUGAAGUUAGGAUUUAUGUCUGGAUUUGUUAAAGCUGCAGUUAGUGCACUUCAACAUCAGCCUAUUGUAAAUGCUGUAAUCAACGGGGAUGAUAUUAUUUAUAGGGAUUAUAUAGAUAUCAGCAUUGCUGUUGGUACUCCAAAGGGGCUUGUCGUUCUGGUAGUCCGUGACGCUGACAAGAUGAAUUUUGCUGAAAUAGAGAAAACAAUCAACGGCCUCGCAAAGAAAUGGCUGGAGGCUAGUUUACGAUACCCAACGGUGGUGUUUAUGGUAGUCUAUUGAGUACCCCCAUUAUCAACCCUCCUCAGUCGGCUAUCUUGGGUAUGCACUCAAUCGUGUCCCGACCAAUGGUUGUUGGAGGUAAUGUAGUGCCGAGACCGAUGAUGUACAUUGCACUCACUUAUGACCAUAGGCUGAUUGAUGGAAGAGAAGCGGUUUUCUUCUUGCGACAUAUCAAGGACGUCGUCGAAGACCCUCGUAGGCUGUUGCUCGAUGUCUAAAAGGCCUAAAUGGCAUCUGCUGUGAUCAUUCUCACGCACACAAACUAUCCGAAUAAGUUCUCUAGUUUCGUAGGGUUUCUUUCGUCGAUUCACCGUUAAACGAGUUCCGAAACCGCGGCUGGCCAUCGCCGAACUGUAUUCGAGUUUUCCGAUGUUUUGCAAUAUGCUCUGUACUUUCAAUUU